AUGAUUCCUAAAGAUUAGUGGAAGGCAGUUCGUCCCUCUGCAGAAGCGAGUUUCAUUGGUUCAAUUACUUACAUGGUAGAUAAUAAUGUUUUUCGAGCUUCCAAGACUUCUACUGGGAUGUCAGUGACUCAAAUAUUUUCAAUAGACAAAUAAUCAAUAGGCUAAAACAGUAUAAAUGAUAUCCUAGUCCAUCGUGAUUAUGCUGUGGUAAAAUUCAGCAAUGACACUUUCUAUAUUUUCUUAAGGACUUCCUAAAAUAAUAUAAUGUUGAGUAGGGCUCAAACUUCAUUCAUAAGUCUUCCUUCAGUAUAAACAUUAUCCUAUACCUUUGCAUCAGAUCCGAGUAAUAGCUCUAACUAUAUAUUAUAUGCAAGUCCUGGAUUUACAACGAGAGAUAAUUUGGUAUACUAGCAUGUUUUAACUCCUAAAUAUUCAAAUGGAGUAGCAAUAUCCGUAAACAUAAAUCUUACUUCUACAAUCAAUAUAAAAGAUUUUGUGAUUCAAACAUAUAAAGUGACUUCAAACCUCAUUGUCUUGGGCUGCAUAUUUUGCAAUAAUCAAAUUGGAAAGGUAAACUUCUAUGAACGUUAGACCUUCACAUUGAUUAAUUCUUUGAAUGGAAAUUCAAAUAAUAUUUAAUUCGGAUCUAUGUUGGAAGGAUUUGAGAAAGGAAAGCAAACAACUUUUUAUAUUGGUUCUAACUCUGCUGGCUAAAUCGCAGCGAGAUUAUACUACUUGAGUUCUGUUUAAUUGUUUAGAGGAGUUAAUGGCUCAUAUAGUUCACAAGUAGAGAUCUAAAAUGUGAGAAGUAUAGCUGCAGCACCGCAAAAUGGUAUGAUUAUUGGUUUCUAUUAGAAUACUUUGAUCUUAAAAUACUUUGCUAACAAAAAUCUCUACUCAAUUUAGUCAUGCGAUUUUACCCAAUAUUUUUAAGAUAAUUCAUAGCAAUGUGUCCCUUGUUAAGAAAGCAAUACAUUCCAAUUAGCCAUUUAAAACACAAAGUGUAAUAACUGUUCUGAUGUUUGGUAUUCUAAAGCCAAAAAUUAAUCCAAUGACUAUUAGUAAGCCAUGUUUUCUUAGUAGUGCUCCUCUUUUGACCCUACUAAAUUAUUUGACUAUGAUAAAUAUGCAAAUGAAAGCAAUGGUGGAACUAUAAUAGUCGACCCUCCAGCUGGCAAUUCAUCUAAUGGAACAAGUUCAGAUUAAAAUGUGGUUAUCAUAGUAAUUGCAAUAGUUAUUCCAAUUGUGUUGAUAAUCGUUAUCAUUUUAAUAGUCUAUUUUUGCUGCAAGAAAUGCAAGCAAAAAAAGGAGUAAGAGUAAAUUCAGAAUAAAAACAAGAAAAAAGAAGAGCAAAAAAACAUGAAGAUAAAUGAAAGUGGCAAGGGUGGCGCUAAUGCAUCCAAGAGAAAUAACAGAGCAGUAGAGUAAAGCCAGAGAAUCUAAAAGAAAAUGGAUAGAGAACUUUAUAAUUCUGUGAAGUAGCAAGAAGAAGCUAAGAUUAAGGAUGGACCCUUUGAUAAAAAUGAUUCCCCUCAAAAACAGCAGAAUAAAAGUCCCAUUAAAAAUGAAGAAGUAAAGAUAGAUAUCUUGCUAACAGAACCAAUGGACAGUGUAGAUAUUGUUAGUGAAGAAAGGGAUGAUGUACAAGAGAUUAAAAAGAUCAGGGAUAAUAGAGACAUGGAUUAUCAGGGUUUACCAAUUAAAAAUCUAAACAAUAAAAAUUUAGCUCCUUAAGGAGUAAAAAAAGACUUAUUCUACUCUAACGGGAAUACAGGGGUGAAGGAUUCACAAAGUGACGAUGAUGAUUUCCCAGAUGAUUCCCCUUGA